CACUUGUCCGAUACACGGUACCGCAGUGACGCUUAAUACUGAGGGAUGGAGGGUGGAGAAGAUCCCUCCCCAGGGGCGACCGGCAAACGCAGUUACAUAGAACACAACACAGUGCCUAAGUCUCUGUUUCCCCAUUUGCUGAGGGAAGCAUUCACUGUGACACUGAUGAAGGAAUCUGUUGCCAUUGGUAACAGUAAACACACCAGACAGGCUUCCAGCUUAGGUAAAGAAUUGAUAAUGCAAAAACCACCAGCUACAUAUGAAGAAUUUCUGGACUCCCAGCACUUGGCAGAUUGGCCAGAAUAUCCUUUUAUAGAAGAACUACCUGAAGAGGCAAUACCAGUCACUAAAUAUUCACUGGACCUGAUAAAUGAAGAACUUGCAAAAAAUGCCCCCCUAGACAUGAAUGUUUUGGAAGAUUUGGAGGAAAUAGCUAUUAAAAACACAUUGUUUGUGGAUAAAUUUGCUUCCCAAAUAUUAUGUUCACCUACAUCAGAUGAUCAUCAGUAUCCAUUAACUCAAGCCUUCUUUACCGAAAUUGAUAUUGCUGAGCUCUCUCAGAAAGCACAAGAAAAAAUGAAGGCCCAGGCCAGAAACAGACAUAAAGAAAAGUACGUUGAGAACUGUGUAUUUCCUGGGCUAAAAACAACUGACCUCCCUGGGCACUUGAAGGCUAACCAGAUGAUACACUGUGUUGCUAAAACCCAGCACUUUCAGGGUGGAAGUGGAAAAACAUGGUCAAAGUUUCUUUUGUCUGGCAACUCAGUAGCCAUAUUUCAAGAUUGCUUCUGGUGGUUUUUUCUUCAGAGGUUUAAGCCUCAGCAAGAUGAGCAAAACCAUCUCUUUGACCGCAUCUCAGACACUUUUGUUACCCUGUUCUGCAGUGUUCCACCUGAUGUCAGAGACUCUUUUUUCAAGAUCUAUCCAGACUUCUUGUCACAAGCUGUAUUUACUGCAUUUUACAAAGCAUUUCCAGAGUCUCAUGCACAAUUUAAUGGAGAAUUUAAAAGUGAAAUAGUAGACAUCAUUUUCCAGUGGCUCUCUGGUAUAAAGCCUGUCCCUUGCUCUUGGAUGAAAUGGGAUUUAAGUAUUCUUGGAAAAAGUGAAGAUCAAAACACUAAUAGACAAAUAAACAUUUCUCAAGAGCGCAUCCAGUACGCUGACAGAUGGAGACUGGAAUUCAAUUUGGACGACUUAAUUCAAGAGGCUAGAGAAUCAAAUCUUCCUAGGACAUUAGCGGUGGAAGGCAAAAAUGCAACUGUAAAAGAAUCUCAUUCGAUUGGUCCAGGACCUGAAUUUCAUCAUGUACUCUUCAAGCUUGGAAGCCACAGUCUGCUAGUGUCACACUACCUGAGGAGACACAAAUUUACAGAUUUUGUAUACGGGGGAUCAACACAAAGAUUAAAGCGCACUGAAAUAUCAAAGUUACCUUCUGCUGGUCCAACGUAUGAAGAUGUCAGUAAAGAAACCCAGAUAUUUAGAAAGAAUUUACAACGUGAAUAUGAAAUGCUGGAAUCAAAAACCCAAAAAGAACUUACAGAAAUUCAGCACCAGAGCCUGAAUGUGAAGUGGAAAAUUGAAAAAAUGAAAAAGGAACUUUCAAGUGGGGUGAAGCUGAACCAUGCACUUCUUUUGGAGAAACUGGUUUCAAUGGGACCUGGCUUCAGCCGUGUGUGUCACAUCCACCAGAUCUGCUAGCAAAGUACGGAGCUUGGCUUGCCUGUAUGCCGAAUAUCCCUGUGCUGCUACCAAGCAGAAACAGUUACAUUAUACUGUGUGGUAUUAUGACUUCAUUUAGGAACUGUACAGUACUUUUCGAAUGAGAUUUAAAGUAUAAACAAAGCUUGUUAACCAAGGCCUGAGUAACACCGGUCUUGGACACCGCAGUAGUGAUACUAUAAAAUAAAUAUAACUGAGAAUGUGACUCAGGCAAUGUGAUCAGCUAAACUGUUUACAGAUGUGCAGAAUGUGUUAGUUUAGCUACUGGCCAGAAAUCCAAUACAUAGCAAAGAAGGACUGCUAAAUAUCUACUUGAGUUUGAGGCAUCCAAGAGUGAUGGGAUUAUAUUACAUUCCAAUCUUAAAGAAAAACUCCACCAAGAUCUACAAUUAUUCUGUAAUACACCCCUCCUUGAAGUAGAAGCAUGGUGUCUGGUUAACUUGGCACCACUGAAAUACUCACAGACAACUGAUCUAAAGUAAUUUCUAGUGAAUUUAGAGUUUAAAUGGAGACUUCAGAAUUUCAAAUAGGACAAACAGCCAGGUAUUUUCUUGUAUUGGAUUUGGGAGCAUUAAGGCGAUGUUUGAAAAGCUGUGUAACCAGAGCUCUGAAUAAUGUGGAGACUUGGCCAUUGAUAGGUACUGUGGGGUUAGUGUGUCGUGAUUCAUGAAUGGUGGGGUUGCCAGAUUUUGUAUGCGUACAUAUGUACUAGCUUGGGAAGGGAAAUAUUACAGUUAUGAUUUAAAUUCUGUAGUGCUGAUAUUCUUACCUUUUGUGUCA